AUGGAGCAAAUCAGAGAUGAAUGCGGACUGGAGGAGACUCCCCAACCGUGCAAGUAUUUUAACUUGAUCGGAGGCACAAGUCCAGGAGGAAUCAUUGCGAUCAUGCUUGGACGUCUGGGCAUGACUGUCAAGCAGUGUCUCGAAGCAUACAAGCGGAUGGCAGAGCAAGCCUUUACGCCGAAAGGAAACAAGCUCUCUCUAGCUUUUAGCCUCCCAGCAUCACCUCGUGGUGAGUUUGCGGGGAAAGCCCUUGCAGACGCUGUCAAGAAGAUCGUGAAAGAACGCACAGGUGAUGAAGAAGCCGUCUUUGCUGACAAAACUUGCGUGAAGACUGUCGUCCUCGCCGUCACGGAGGCAGACGUCGGCGCACUACCUACGAAGUUCAAGACAUAUAGCAUCAGCGAUGACUUCAAGCACUGCAAGAUAUGGGAGGUCGCGCGCGCAACCUCUGCAGCAACUACUUUCUUUGAAUCGAUUUGCAUAGGUCAUCAAGAUAUCGAGUUUGUUGAUGCACGCUUUGGACACAACAAUCCCGGCGAAGUAUUACUGAGCGAAGCAGAAGAUAUGUUCCCAGGCGGCACAUACGACUACAUUCUAAGCAUUGGAACUGGUCUAGGAGACGUGAUAACGAUCAAAGAUAGCCGGCGGUCAAUCAUCAGAGCACUCAAGAGUAUGGCAAGCCAUUCCCAAUCUGUGCAUCGCCGCCUUUCGCAUAGGUUGUCGGAAGCCGCCUACUUCCGUUUCGAUGUGACGAGAGGCCUGGAUGAUGUAACGUUGUCCGACUGGAAAGAGUCAAGUACUAUAUCGGCACAUACUAGAAAUUAUCUCGCAGAGGUAGAAGUUGAGAGGCAGAUCAAACGCUGUGCGAGGAUCCUUAUGCAAGAUACAGAAUCUACCUCACCCCAUGAAGAUACACAACAAACUUCCGACCAUCAAAGUCACGAUAGGCGAGAACACCGCGAUGUGCGAAAUGAUCAAGCUGUCGUCCAGACACUUCCCUCAUUGUCGGCGAUACUGAACUUUAUCGCACUUAUUCAGCGAGAAGCUCCACGGAGUGCGCUUGUUGACCACAUGGUGCAGCAUAACAUCUCCCCACAUAUGUACCAGCAGAUACUCUCACAGCAGAAUAUCACACAGCCCAUCUUCUUCAGUAACCCUGUGACCAUCUUCACAGGAAUCACCGGGUAUGAGCGCAGCAUCUUCAGACAGUGA